CGUGCCGGGGGCUCUCGGGGUUUGGUCGCUUCCCUCCGGCUGGUUCGGGAGCCGGUGGGGCCGCGUGUUCUCGGCCCCGAGGGGGCGGCCGCAGCGCCCCGGCCAGGGUGGGAGUGGGAGUGGGCGGCGGGCCGCAGCCGCGGGCUCCUGUGUGCGGAGCCGGUGUGAGCGCCCCGCGGCCUGGCGAGAAUCGCGGCUCAGGCCGGCUGGGAACUUCCCGGUGGCCGGGAUGUCGUCUUCAUGCGCUAUGUUUGUAGGUGAGGUGGCCCAUGGGCUGUGUGGACCUCUGUGCUCCCUGCUAACACCCCCUUUCUCUGCAGUUUUCAAGGCUUACCAGCGAUGAGACGUAGCAGUGAUGCUUAGCGAUGGGCGAUGUUCUAGCCUAUGAAGCUGAGUUGCUUGGACUAGUGAGAGAGUAUUUGGAUUUUGCCGAAUUUGAAGAAACUGUGAAAGUAUUUACAAAGGAAUGUAAAAUAAAAGGGAAGCCACUACCUAAACCAGCAGGUGUUUCCUCAAGAGAUUCAAAAGCUUUGCCUGUUCAGAACGAUCUGCUUGUAGCAUUCGACAAUGGUGAGCAGAAAGUUUUCUUCCAGCUCUGGGAGGAGCAUAUUUCGUCUUCAGUCCAGGACAACGAGCCAGCUGCCCAGAAGCUGGAGUUCUAUCUUCAUGUACACUUUGCCACCUGCCUCUUAAAACACUCAAUUGGAAAGCCUGACAAAGCUGAAUUUGAGGAAAGGAUUUCUCAUUUUAAGGCAUACCUGGAAACAAAAGGAGCUGCACUGAGCCAGACGACAGAGUUUCUCCCUUUCUAUGCUUUGCCUUUUGUUCCGAACCCCAUGGUACAUCCUUCAUUUAAAGAACUUUUCCAGGAUUCUUGGACAUUGGAUUUAAGGACAAGAUUGGAAAAGUUCCUGUCUCUGACUCUCAAAGCCAGACAGACUCCUCGGCUUCUCGCUUUAUUUAAGGAGAAUGGACAGUGCAACAAAGAAACGUUGCAACAUCUUCAUCAGCAGUUAGUGGAAUCUGAGCACAGGGCCAUGGCCUACCUGAAACGAUUUAACAAAAUGCAGGCGGACUACCGUAAUCUCAUUGGGGUCACUGCAGAGCUGGUGGAUUCCUUGGAGGCCACAGUCAGUGGGAAGAUGAUCACACCAGAGUAUCUUCAAAGUGUUUGUGUUCGCUUGUUCAGCAACCAGAUGAGACAAAGUGUAGCACACAGUAUUGACUUCACAAGGCCUGGAACUGGAUAUUACUCUAUGAGCCCUUGUGAUGACGAAUAUGCUUCCACAAUGUUAAGAGCAUCUUUAGCCCCUGAGAAGAUGCAGGAUGUGCCAUUGUUGCCCUCGUUGGAUUAUGAGAAGCUGAAGAAAGAUCUGAUUACAGGGAACGAUCGUCUCAAGGCCUUCUUGCUGCAGGCUCUGCGCUGGCGCUUGACAACAUCACAUCCUGGAGAGCAGAGAGACACUGUCCUGCAAGCCUACAUCAGUAACGACCUCCUAGACUGCCACAGCAACUCUCAGAGAACUGUUCUCAAAUUAUUACAUUCGAAGAGUGAGGUAGUCAGACAGUAUAUGGCAAGGCUCAUCAAUGCUUUUGCUUCACUGGCGGAAGGUCGUGUCUACCUUUCUCAGAACCCCAUGUUGCUGCGAAUGCUGGAGGAGAGACUGAAAGCUGAAGACAAGGAUUCCCUUACAUGGGAGAAUGUUCUGGGGGCUCUGCAGAAAUUCAGCCUCAGGCGUGCGCUGCAGUCGGCCAUGAUCAGCGAUGGGCUCAUCUUCUGGCUGGUCGAUGUUCUCAGGGAUUCGGAUUGCCUGUCUGAUUACACGCUGGAGUAUUCUGUUGCCUUGCUCAUGAAUCUUUGUCUGCGCAGUGCAGGGAAGAAAACGUGUGCAAGGAUUGCAAACCAUGUGCUCAAAGUUCUCUCUGAUCUUCUUGGCCAUGAGAAUCACGAGAUACAACCGUAUGUGAACGGAGCACUGUACAGCAUUCUGGCCAUCCCUUCUGUCCGAGAAGAAGCCAGAGCAAUGGGAAUGGAAGAAAUUCUGCGCUGCUUUAUCAAGGAAGGAAAUGCAGAGAUGAUCCGACAGAUUGAAUUUAUUAUCAAGCAGCUCAAUUCAGAAGAGCCAUUAAAUGAUAGUAUCGUGUCUGAUGAUGAAGAGGAAGAGGAGGAUGAGGAAGAGGACCACGACAUCAUGGAGUCUGAUCUGGACAAAGACGAGGUGUUGCAGCCUCAACUGGGAGAGCUUGCAGGAGAGAAGCUGCUGACAACUGAGUACCUGGGAAUAAUGACUCAUACUCCAAAAACCAAGAAGAAGCUGUUUCCUGGUGUCCAUCAGAGUGUAGAUGAGCCUCUCCAGAGACCCGUGACACCAGGUUAUCACAGAACUAUGUGCCUAAUGCCAGAAAACGACACCAGUUCUUGUCAUGAUACGGAUGAGAAGCUGCAGUGUCUGCCGAGUGGUCAUCCUCCCAUUUGUGGUGGCAGCAAGUCCAGCAUCUCUGACCUCUGCAUUUCCCCUUCAUCAGUUGAAAUGAAGUCAUCUGAAGUAUUCCCAUCAGGCCAUAGAAUGGACAGAAGCAUCCCAGCUGGUGACAAUAUCUUGUCUUCCGGAUCUACUGACUUGACACAGGACAAAGUAAAUGGGCAGUCUCAUAGCGAGCUUCCCUCGGCCUUCACCAGCAAGCCCAAGAUCCCUCGCACUCCCGAAGUGCUGAGUACCAGCCCUAGAAAGGGGAAGGUCCCAGCCGUUGCCCCCCAGUUCUCUCAGUCUGGACCCCAACAAACAACCCGUCCCAGCUCCUCCGGAUCAUCCACAAGGAGCAGGCAGAGCAGCCAGUCCUACAGGAAGUGAGAACAGUUCCUUUCCUCAAGAAUCACCUGUCGCAUCGCUGAAGGACAGAGCCAGCUUCCUGUAAUGAGCUUCACUGGCGACCUGCUGAGAAGAGAGCGAGGUUACUGACAUGGCACGGCGUACGCCUUGCACGGUGAUGCGGGGAUUAUCUGAUGGGAUGCAUCUGUUGUCUCUAAAGCCGGCUAAGACAAGGGCCUUGUUAUUACAAUUCAAGGUCUCAGCAGCAGCCCAGGACUGAUAUGGGAGAUGGAUACAGUCCCAGUGUCUCUGAUAGUUUACUCUAAAGUGACAUUGCCACCUUGAGAAGAAACUCUUGCUCUCUGCCUUCUGUGUCAGAGUGAACGGCCUUUGGAAGAUGGAACGUAGGGCUCAGCACAGGAGCACUUGUCUUGUUUACACAUUGCUUGCUGAACUAGCCUGCCACUUGCUUUUUUAAAAUCGUGCCUUUGUGAAUGAGUUGCGAGAUACCCGCAUUCAAAAUAUCCGCACUAGAAGGGAAAGCAACGUUAGAACUUCAUUGCCUGGAGCAGUUUUGUGUGGAGUGAGAUCUGUGUUCAGCCACUGGAUACUGGACAGAAAGUAUUUCAUCAGCUUCUGAUUGACCUGUAGCAGUUGAAAAAUGCUAUACUGGUGCCCAAGGCAGCAUCCAUGCUCACCUCUGAGCAGCUGAUUAGCAGCUUUAGGUGCAGCAAUUACUCUUAUUCCUUCUUCCUAUGUUUCUUUUUUUUUUCUUAAUUCUACUGUUCAACAUUUGUGGAAUGAAUAAUCCAUUUUUUCCACUGGAGUGAAGAACUUGGUUUCUUCAUUCGUAGAAGAAACCAUGAGAAUGUGAACAGGUCAGAAGCAACUUUCUGUUUACUUGUGCCUGUGGACAAUCUUCUUUGGCCUUUGUGGCUUUUUUAUGUUCUUUGCUUCUGAGCAAUGAGUAGUCAUGUCUUUAUGGAAUUUGUGCUGGUCUUCAAUGAACGUGAAGCCCUGGCCAGGCAAGAGAGAUCAGGAAGCCCUCCACUAAAUAAAAGACCAGCAGUUCUGCCAGUGAAUUAUGAAGCUAGUGUUGUUUGUUGUUCUUUCUCUCCAAAGUAACAGUGACCGGGAAACGCUGUUGUCUUCACUGUGUGUUGGCUUUUCAGUAACAUCCCCUCAUGUUACACAGCUGUUAGGACAACAGCAACACCUUUUCCGGAAAUGCAGUUUACAUUUGAGCUUGGCUACCACUGAGGCAGAAAGACACAUAAAGGUGGAAGUGUAUUUGCCGUGGGCAGCCGUGAAAAGGAAAUGUUUUAACAGGUACAAAAAGGACAAAGGUAAGGCCUUUGCUUUGGAGUUUCACCUUGAGAAACAAACAAGUGGAAUGCAACCUGAAAGGUAAAGCAACUCCAACAGAGACACUACCUUCCCCUGGAGUUAUAUAACUCUGUUAUAAAGGCACCAAUCGUUUCUGUAGGACCAGGAGAAAGCUUUAUGCUUGUGCUGAAACGUUGAAUUGUGCCUUUUGGUAUGUGGUGGCAACUGAAGAGCCCUGGGCAUUUCCUCCUGUGAGACAGUUGCCAUGAGCCCCACCAGGAUCAGUGACACUGUGUCAGGUGUUUGCAGAAAGGGCUCCCGCGCACAACAACCCCUUUGGAUAACAGGCUUUGAAUGAGAACCAGGAUCUUUUGUAGGAGAAGACAUUCCCCAGUUUAAAAUCUGGCCAUAUUCACGUGGAAGUUACAAUUUACCGCUCGGUAACUUCAGGCCUAACACAAAGCAAGCAGAGUAUAGGUGUUGCUUUAACUCCCAAACCACAUAGGACAUAAAGUGAUUAUUGACACCUGAUAAUCCCUUUCUCAUAGAUCUCCAUGCUAGACAAAAAAAUCACAGAAAAUCUAUGACUUGUACUUGGAUUCACCCACCUCCUCUCCAAGCUGAUAAACACAGUUAAUGGGAAAACGUCCUCUGGUUCACAAACGGGAAAUAAUGGAAAACAGCCAUAAAAACUCACCUGCUGGUUUUUCUCUUUCCUCUGACAUGCUGUCUUUUUUCCAGCGUGUAAUAGCAAUGGCCAGGUUGUUAACGCUGGAGUGCUAAGCACGUUCGUUUGCAUAUGUGCAUGACACAGAAUGCUCCGGCAGUUGAGUUGUAUUUAUUUUACAGCAGCGCUGACUUUCAUGUUGGAGCAGAUCUCAUUCUCUGAGAUGCAGAGCAGCUUUUGAAAAGUGUCGACUGGCGGUUUAUUUGAGAGGGAUGGUGGGGGGGGGGCGAAAAUCCAAAGCCUCGCUGGCUUUACCAAUAGUUGAGUUAAAAGCUGUGUCACUCCUUACCAACCACCUUCAGUGGACUUGUAAGUACAGCUACAACUGCUCCAGCAGAUGAAGAUUUGUGAGAAACAAAGUGCAUCUUGCAGAGAUGGAAUGAAAGGAACCCACCAAAGUUUAUAUACUUGUGUGUUUGUUUCUCUCUCAAGCCUGUUGCAGUGCAAAACUCUGUAUGUAUGUUUUUCCAUGUUCCACUCUUAGAUGUUUUGGAGUGUGAGUAUGGACUUUGAAAACUGAGACUAUUUUUUAUAUUAAUGCUUGAGAAAUGGCAUUUUCCAAAUACUUGAGAGAAACUGUGGGUAUGCUUAGAAAUAAAUUAUCACAGCUGAUCAGUAGUUUGAGAAGCCGACAAA